CUUCAGCCUUUUCUUUUCUACCCCUCCAACAUCAACAGAACUACUUUUGUUCAAGUUACAGCACUUUGUCUAGGUCUCUUGUACCUAGGUAGGCAGCAGAAAAUGGGUCAACCAUCCCACCAGGCGUCCAACGCCGUUAUUUAUACCACCUAUGCAGCAUUUCUUGCUUUCGGGCUCUUCGUCGCAUGGACACUGCGCCAUCAGACCAAAGGCGAAUACCUUGCAUCGUUGCGAACACAGAAGGGUUAGAAAUCAUACCAAGCCAACACGCUUCUGCACCCAGUAGCUGCAAGUCCUCGUGCUAACGCAGUGGCAGGCAUACCUCUGGCCUUCAACUUUAUCGCCUCGGGUGAGUGCGCUCGACGGGCGUCGUGUCCCUGAAGCGGCAGCAAAAAGGAGCUUCCGCAGGUGACGCGGAGCGGAUACGAAACCCAAACGCAGAACACAAUAGACAAACAACAUCGAGUUUGAAGGUCUUGCAAAAGAUACAAUGUUGAAACAGACACUAUCUGAGGUUCGUACGGCUUGCAUCAACGGCAUUGCGCUUCUUCCCGCGCCUCUUCUGGCGAAAAGGGAAAACAUUGCAAUGUCUUGUAUCUGAACGAGCAGGAUUCUACAACAUUGAAAUUGUUUCCUUCGACGCCAGAAAGAGGGUGCAGGAAGAAGCCAAUGUGCAGCACUACGGGCGCUUGUGUGAGAGCAUUUCCUCGCUUUCUCAUCCACCUGUACACAUCGCAUCGUGUACAGAGAUGAGGAGGGAGUGUGAAAUGCCUAAAAAAGCACAAUGCUGAGAUUGUACCGUUAAAACUCGAUCAAGUUAAUGCUUGCGUGGGAAACGUGCUGCCGCUUCUCCCCCUCUUGUCUCCCCCUUCCUAGCACAAAAGUUCGGACAUACUAACAGCACCUUUUCCCCCUGGUGUACAGCUCUAGGAUCAGGGAUCCUGUUCUCAUAUCCUCAGAUCUCGACCAUCGCCGGUGUCCAGGGUCUGGUGGUGUAUGCUCUGGCCUCGGCACUGCCGUUGUUGGUCUUUGCAUACCUCGGACCGAUCAUCAGACGAAAAUGCCCUGAGGGCUUUGUCCUCACGGAGUGGACGCGACAGCGUUAUGGCGCGGCCACAAGCCUCUACCUCUCGGCACUCACGUUGAUCACCCUGUUCUUGUACAUGGUUGCGGAACUCUCGGCGCUCCAGCAAAUCAUCACCGCCCUCACGGGCCUCAACGGCCUCCCCGCCGUCAUCGUUGAAUGCGCCGUCACGACCAUCUACACCUCCCUCGGCGGGUUCAAAGUCAGCUUCAUAACCGACAACGUCCAAGGCGCCAUGGUGGUGGGGCUGAUUAUAAUCGGCUGCAUCACCGUCGGCGUCAAGACGGAAAUCAACCACGACCUGAUCGAGCGCUCUCACUACCUCGACGCGAGCCUUUUGGGCUGGCAGCUCGUGUACAUCUUGCCCGUUGCCAUUCUCACGAACGACUUCUUCAUCUCGGGAUUCUGGAUGCGCACGUUCGCCGCGAAGACCGACCGCGACUUGUGGAUCGGCGUCAGCAUCGCCACCGUCGCCGUCGCCAUUAUCCUGACUGUGGUCGGCGUGUCGGGCUUGCUCGCGGGCUGGUCCGGCGCACUGGGCGAUCCGCCCGAGCAAUCUUCCAUCGCCUUCUUCUUGCUGCUUGAGCAACUGCCCGCCUGGGUCGUGGGCAUCGUGCUCGUCAUGACCGUGUCGUUGUCGACCGCGGCGUUCGACAGCUUCCAGUCCGCCAUGGUGAGCACGGGGAGCAACGACAUUUUCCGGAACCGGCUGAAUUUCUGGUACAUCCGCAUCGCCGUCGUGCUGAUCAUUUUCCCCGUCGUCGUGGUCGCGCUCAAGUCGCCGAGCGUGCUGCAGAUCUAUUUGAUCAGCGACCUAAUCAGCGCGAGCAGCAUCCCCGUGCUCGUCAUCGGUCUGAGCGAGCGCUGCUACGCGUGGCGCGGCUUCGAAGUCGUCGUCGGCGGCCUCGGUGGCAUCUUUACCGUCUUCCUGUUCGGCCUGGUCUAUUAUGACGGCGACACUAGACUGGCGGGCAAUCUGCUCUUGUUGGAACAGGGCCUGUACGGGAACGAUUGGAGCGCGUUCGGCGCGUUUGUCGCGGCGCCCGUGGGCGGGGCGCUUUGGGCGCUGGCUGCGUUCGGGUUCAGGCUUGCCAUGCAGUGGGCCUGGGCCAAGAAGAACGGUAUGAGGUUCGACGCGUUGGAUAAGCCGAGUGCGCCGAGUGCGAGCUUUUAUACGGGCAAUGCGAGUGGACUGGUCGCGGAUGGCGAAACGGACAGACAGACAGAGAGGAGCCUGUAUACGGAUGCGGACGGCGUGGAGAGGAGUGAAGUUGCGGUCAAGGGCAAGUUCUUCUAGUGGUGGGAGAGAAAAAGAAUGGGGUAUCAUUGCUGGGACCACAGUACAGAGGGGUUCAGAACUUGUGGUUAUGGACGUCAAAGGUGGAAUCAACCUUGUUGGCGAGGGUGAGAGUGAGAGUGAGAGUCAGGAAAAAGCAGUACUGGGGAUUCUGGAGCGGUACGGAGUAUGUGCUCGCCAUUCUGUGUGAAUAUCAGACUGUGUCUCCGGCAUUUCGAGAGUGGCAUCAUGGCAUCCUGUGUGGCAUCGAAAAAGGUUCUUCCAGGGACAGGGCGUUAUUUACAACUAGUAUAUCAGUCACUCAUUUGCGCAUACUUAGGUACAUAAUUUAAUACACAGUCAUUCAACAUG